AUCCCGACAGCCCUCGCGAGGCGCGCGGCGGAAGCGGCUCGCACGCCUGGCGCCGCCAUGCCCGGGGACCAUCGCCGCAUCCGCGGACCCGAGGAAUCGCAGCCGCCGCAGCUGUACGCGGCGGAGGAGGACGAGGCGCCCGACCCCCGAGACCCCUCUCGGCUGCGGCCCGUGUACGCGCGCGCCGGGCUGCUGAGCCAGGCCAAGGGCUCGGCCUACCUGGAGGCGGGAGGCACCAAGGUGCUGUGCGCCGUGUCGGGCCCGCGCCAGGAAGAGCGCGCCGCCGCCUGCCUCACGGUGGCGCUCAUGCCGGUGCUCAACCAGGUGGGCCGGGCUGCUGGGGCAGUGGGGAGGGGGGGCCCGACCGAGAGCUGGGUCGAAGCCGUGCGCAUGGGUCUCGAGGGCUGCCAGCGCCUCUAUCCUGUGCUGCAGCAGUGCCUGGUGCGGGCUGCCCGCCGGAGGAGCGCCGCGGCCCCGUCCUGAACCAGAAGCCGGAGGAAGGACGGACGCCCAGGACCCUCCUGCUGCCGCCGCCGCCGCCGCCCGACGGCUUCCAGGCUGCGCCGCCCUGAGAACUCGGAGCCCCUGAGGCUCUGGGGAGACGCGCCCGGGACUGAUGCACUGGACAGCUGUGCCGGAACAGUUUUGUACGCACGGACUGGUUAGCGAUCCUUUUCUACUGAAGCUGGAUCUUCGCCCGACCCCCGUUGGAAAGGACAUCGGCCGGGCAGAGGUGGAAAGUGGGACCCGACGCCACUGCUGCCUUGUGAGGGAUGGACCCCGUGCAGGCGGGCCAGUGACUCCCUCUGUAACUGGGCUGCUGUUGAGAGAGCGGACAAGGGGGCGGUGCCUUCUCACUUAUAUCUGAGCUGCAACAGAACAAAAAACCCUUUUCUAUCUGCAAA